AGGUAUCAUGUACGGACGAUACCAAGCAGGUAGCUGGUGAUACGAAUGGUUUUGUCUACAUCUAUUCGGAUGUUGGAACGGUAGAAGAUGCUACAGGUCGUCAUACGUAUCGAUUGUGGAGCGGGCAGUGCGGUUUGAUGUCCCCCAUAUCAUCAUGCGGCAUUAUUAAGGAUAAAUUCUUUGCAUCUUCGUUCGGACCUCAUCCGAAAGUCCUUGUGGGAUCUUUUUCCAGCGCACAGCAUAACGAAAACACUGAAGGCAUCAUCAUCGAGCGCCGGCAAAACGUCUGGGAUGUCUGGUGUGGGACUUAUGCCGAGACCUCCUUUGUACUUGGUAUGACAAACCAUCUCUGGAUUGUCUCUGACCUUGAUAAUCUUCAAUCUGCACGGACACUCCGGAUUGGGAGCGACGCACUAACCCUUGAACGAGAUGAGACAUGCAUGUAUGCUGGCCUUCGAAACGGGUCUGUGCACGUCUUGGAUAUGGGACGGGAUGAUCAAUAUGGGAAGAGGCUCUUACAAGCGCCCACGUCCGUAACGGGCCUUUCGCGAUUAAGGGAAUGGGAGCUGCUUACCGCAUUGAUUGAUGGCUCGUUGGACAUAUAUGAUUUGAGGAUGCUAAGGCGUCCGGGGUCCGCUAAAUAUGUCAACUCGUCAACUAAAGAUUCCAGAAGAAUCCCCUUGCUGUCUCUCUACGGCCAUGUAUCGACCGUCACCAUCAGUCCGCCGAUUGCCACUACACCCUCACAGGACUUCAUCUUCGCGGCUGGAGAAGACAAUAUAAUCCGAGGGUGGAGUACACUAACUGGGGAGCGUUUAGAAGCGCCCGAGCCAUGUGCUCUGGCGCAGAGUCGGCAUGCACAGCGGGACCGACCCCUUCCAUUAUUAAGUCAGGCAUUUAAUGCCCGAGGAUCCAGAUACGUGAGUUUACGGAUUACCGACCACGAAGCGGGGAGGCGAGUAGAGCCCAAGUUAUGGGCCGCUACAGAUGCUGGGAUCACCCGCUUCGACCUUGGACGAAACUGGAACGACUACGCAUGAUAUUAAUUAUUGGAGUAUGGUGUGCAUUACGUUGGCCGAUGUGGGCCCUAUACGGCUGGGGAUACAGGUGAACAAAUCAUAUUAAUUGAUA